AUGGCAGGUGAACUUACGCCGGAGGCAUUAAGAGCAUGGGAGAUGGCUUGCAUGCAGUUCUUCCUGCACAAGGAAGUCAAGGACAUUGAGAUGGUAAAGAAGGUCAUAUUGGGCAUGCAAGAACUGGACUACAUGACUGAAGUCAGAAGAUACUGGCUCCCCUCUGGAUGGGCGGACACUGUCCAUUGGAAGAUGCUGGUGUCAACUCAAGGUCAACGUCCUUUUCAUGAGUGGGCAGUUGACGUCCAAGGGCAGAACACCUUACUUCGAGGAACGACAUCGCACCUUGCAGACGCUAACAUCUUGUAUCACUUAGAAGUGCACAUGAAUGCAGAACUAGCGGCGGACUACCACACUGAGCAGAUUUCGGAGAACAACCUGUGCAAAUGGGUUGAAAAGGUGUGGCUGCUUGAUGAGAAGUGCUUAUGCUAUCUCACCAGACAACGGGAGGCACUAUUUUCCGAUGCAUGUCAAAUGCUCAUCACACAUGAAUCACUUCCCGAUGUUAUCCGACACUCAUCUGCUCAAUCCAAUGCUAACCCGCUCAAUCCAAUGUUUAUCCACUAA